AGCUGGUUUAGGAUAGAAUAUUCCUAAGAUAGAAUGUUCCUGCUUUAUCCUGGUUUAGCCUCACCCCUGCAAUUGCGUACUUGAAGUACAAACUUCAAGAUGGAAAGAGCUUCUUUAAUAACUGAAGGGUGCAAAGAACGUGAGCUCGCCAAUGAGAAUUAGAGGUUCCGACUGAAAUCCCGCAAAGUCACCCGCAGAUCCGCACGGUCGGCGCCGCGGGCGGGGUGCGGCUCAGCCCUGCGCGCUGUGGCUGCGUGUGGGGCGGGGGCGGCGCGGCUCGGGCCGGCGGUUAACGCGCCCCGGGGCCGCCUCCGCGGGGCGGGGCGGAGCGGAGCCGCCUCCCCGCGCUGCCUGCGGCCCCUGCCCGCCCCGGGGAUGGAGGACGCGCACCGGGCUUUCCGCCUGGCCGCCUCCUGCCUCCGCACGCCGCUCGACCCGCGCACACGGGCGCCCGCCGCGCUCUACGAGCGGGGCCCGCCGCCCGCCGCCGCGCAGGAUGGCUUUGACUUGGAUUCAAACACCAACAGAGAGGAGACCACCCCUCCAAAGAGAGACUGUGACAAGUGGAUAGACCUUUCCAAAAUGUACAAUUCAAAUCAAGAAUAUUACAUGAAGCUGGAAGAGUUGAAGAAUGCCCACAUGGAAACCAUGGCAAAACUGGAAAGUAUGUAUCGGAACAAGCUGUAUUUAAAAGGGGCACAAGCCUUGGAUAAGAGAAAUGACACCUCUCCAAAGUGCUGUAGGCCAACUUGGGACAAGAGUUCAUAUCAGCCUCUUAACCUGCACAAAUCCUUUUCUGACUCAGACUUAAGUGAUCCCUUGGGCUCAAGCGUAUCGGACACGUCUGAUGAAGAAUUAGUGUUUGAAGGGAACGGCAGUGAAACUGGAUCAUCCUCGUUUGCCAAGCAGCAGAUUGAAAAAAUGUGGGACGGGUUCUCUCUGGAGGACUACAUCUCCCGUGCCAAGCACAGCUCGCCCAUCUCACCAGCCUGCAGGAAGGUGCACAAGAAGCAGAAAGCGUGGUCUCCCAGAGUCACCGUGCCCAAACCUUUCCAGAUGACCAUCAGAGAAGCUCAGAGGAAAGAGCAGAACGUCAAAUCCAAGUCACAGAUUGAGCUGGAGAAUCACCUACUGAAGAAGCAGCUGGAGGAGGAAGCAGAGUGUCAGAAAAAGUUCCGAGCCAAUCCCGUGCCCGCUGCCGUGUUCCUGCCGCUCUACCACGACAUCGUGCAGCGGAACGAGGAGCGCAGGAGGUCUGUGAGGGAGAGGAGCAAGCUCAAGCUCCUGGCUUCCCAAAAGCCAUUUAAAUUCAUUGAGAGAGAGAGGCAAAGGAGUGAAACCAGGAAAAUGCUGUUGAAGGACGUUCCCCCACCUGAAAAUAAAACGAAAGCGUUCAGAGCGAAACCGGUCCCGAAAUGUGUUUAUAGUCCAGAUUUCAAUGACAAGCUAAAGAAGGAGGAGCUCUACAGGGAGAUCAGGAUCAAGAUGAGAGCUGAGGAGCUGCUACGAAAUUCAUCUGUGCCCAACAGCAGACUGGCCUUGAAAGAGACCAACAAAAAGAAAAAACACAAGAGCACCGAGCCGAAGCGGACGGAGCACAAACCCAAGAUCAAAUCAAGCAUUCCCAAUUUUGAACUCCUACAUGAGAAAUUCCAGAAACGCCUCCUGCAACAGAAAAAAGUGAAACACCUCACGGUCUGUGAGCCUUUCCACCUUUGUACUUCGUACAUCCCCUCAAAAAAGGACAAGAUCUUGAAGGACAUUCAAGAGGAUGAAGAGAAAUUGAAGGAAACACGGUGGCCAUUUGCCUCUCCGAGACGGAAACCUCAGAUGGGGCAGGCAGGGGCAAACCCACAUCUCUUGGGAGGAGCACAAUCCAAAUCUCCCAAAAGCACAGAAUCCACGAGACGACGACUGGAAGCCCUAAGGAAUUCCCUUGAUGCAAAGAGAAAACUGGAAGAACAACAAAAAAGGAACAGAACCAAGCAGAAACAAAGAACGAAAAAAUUCCAGAAAAUUGUGAUGGCUCGGGCUGAGGCCAAUGACCCACAUCAGAGCCUAGCUCAGGUGUCUAAAUCCAGAUUAAAAACAUUCAGGAACAACGAGAAGCAGAGAAGGCAGGAAUAUUUGCAAGAAUUGCAAGAAAUGGAAGAAAGAGUAAAGCAAAUGCCAUUGCUUUUUGAAAGAGUGACUCAGAAAAAUGCCAGAAUUGCUGCAGAGAAGUAUUAUUCAAACAGACUGAGAGCACUGGGGAUCUGCCCAGAGUUUGUUUCGAAGAAAGGAGGAGCAGCCAAGUCAGUGCAGUUCUCCACUGCUGGAGAUUUUACCUCCAUCACUGUCAGAAGAAGAAUCACCAGGGUUAAAGUGAAAAAAAGGGAGUCCUUUGAGGAAGCAGCUGGUGACAAUCCCCAGUCUGAGCAGUCCUGGGAGGAGGAGGAGGAAGAGAACGGAAAAGGUAUCAAAACCUCCACCCCAGAUGAGCAGUGCAGUGAUCUGGAGGAUGGGGACAGGGCCAGAGCCAGCCCUGAUGUCCUUGAGGCUGAAUCCGGCUGGCACAGUGAUGAGGAGGAGGAUGACGAGGAGGAAGCAAAGUCAGACCCAUCACUUGGUCAUUCCCAGGAGGAGGAGGAAGAGGAGGAGGAGGAAGAGGAAGCCAAGGCAGACCUGUCACUUGGCCAUUCCCAGGAGGAGGAGGAGGAAGAGGGAAAAGCAGGCCCAUCUCUUGACCAUUCCCAGGAGGAGGAAGAAGAAGAGGAAGCAAAGGCAGGCCCAUCCCGUGGCCAUUCCCAGGAGGAGGAAGAAGAGGAAGCAAAGGCAGGCUCAUCCCGUGGCCAUUCCCAGGAGGAGGAAGAAGAGGAAGCAAAGGCAGGCUCAUCCUGUGGCCAUUCCCAGGAGGAAGAGGAGGAUGAGUCCACCCCCAGUUCUCAGUCUGACAGGUCCCAUAAGCAAGAAGAGGAAGCUCAGUCAGACCCCGAAGCCGAGGGUGCCUUCCAGGAUGAGGAUGAGGAGUAUGAGAGCGAAGGCUCUGAGGAGAAGCCCAGUGAUGAGGAAGGGCACUGACAGGAAGGGCUGGCACUCAGCAACCUCUUCCACUGCUGGCUGUGGAACAGACACCAGAGAAAAACCUUGUGCUUUUCUAUACAUCCAAAAUUCUGGGCAUUUUUCCCUCUUAGUUUAAAGGGCCUGCUAGUGCAGGAAUUCUGUUUUCCAGUAAGAAAGCUCAGGUUCCUAGUUUUCACCAAGAAAAUAAUUGACUUUUGUAUUAUUCUUCUUUAUUGCGCUCUCCUGUGACGUUAGUGCACCUCUGUUUUUAAAAUGAGCUGCAACCUCAUUGUUUAAUAAUAAAUUACACGGUGUGCUGUGCAAUGCUGAGGGCUCACAUCCAGCUCUUCCCAUGGGCUGGCAAAGCCAGGGAUGACUUUGGAGCAGGAAUUGCCAUUUUGUCCCUGGAAAAGGGGAAUCUUUUUACCUCAGGUAACUCUAGUUGUGUGAAACUAUGCAAGGAAGUGCUUCCAUACCUCUUCUUACACACUGGCUACUCAGGACUUCAACUAUUCCAAAAAAACUCCCCAAAAUAUGUUUGGGAUUUGGUUUGGUUUUUUUUUUCUUAUAUUAGUAGUACCUUCUACUAUUACUGACUUGCUAAAAAAUCUUUUAUUAUUUUUUCCUCCUUAUUUUCUUACACAGUUUCUCUGUGUUUGGAAGUUUUUAAAGCAUUCUUACUUUUAUUUAUUUCUGAAGUGUGAACAUGACUAAUGUGAACUUGAAACUUUUUUUAAAACUUGAAUAAAAUAUCUGUGAA